UACAAAGAUUCUAUUGAUAAACAUAUAUUCAAUUUAAUUAAAGAGGAACUUAGAAAGAUUUUCUCCAAUUCAUUCCCAAAUGUCGGAAAACAUAUUUCUGUUUGUACCCAAUCUAAUUGGGUAUGCACGGAUUAUUUUGGCAUUCAUUUCAUUUUAUUAUAUGCCGAAUGAUCAUAUAAAGGCUACUUUUUGUUACUUAUUGAGUGGACUUUUGGAUGCAUUUGAUGGAUAUGCUGCUAGGUUCUUGAAUCAAGGAACAAAAUUUGGUGCCAUGCUUGAUCAGUUGACCGAUCGUUGUGCUACAAUGUGUUUGCUUGUUACAUUGGCAUGUUUUUAUCCAAAAUGGAUGCUUUUUUUCCAACUGAGUAUGACAAUUGACAUUGCUAGUCAUUGGAUUCACCAACAAGCAGCUUUGAUGCAAGGAAAAACUAGUCACAAGUUUAUAGAUGCUUCAGCAAACCCUGUUAUCAAAAUAUACUAUACAUCCAGGCCUGUAUUGUUCUUCAUGUGUGCUGGAAAUGAGUUAUUUUAUAGUAUGCUUUACCUUGUAUAUUUCACCCCAGGACCAACUAUAAUUUUUGGCCUUGGAUUUUUCCACAUUCUUCUAUAUAUUUCCACACCAAUUGCAAUAGUGAAGACACUGAUAAGUCUUUUACAAUUGUAUGUUGCAUGCAUGAAUAUUGGUAUUAUUGAUACCAAUGAAAGAGCCAUUGAAGCAAGAAAGAAAAAGUAGUUUUUUCCCCUUUCAUUUUAUUAUUGUGGAACUUUGAUUAGAUGUAGAAAUAUUCUUAUAAAUCAUUAUUUUAUUUUCACUGAUUAAUUCAAAGGUAUUAUCUUAAUCAUUAUUAAAUCUCUCAGUUUUGCUUUAAUAAUAUAAUUUUUCUCUUUAGUUUUGAUUUUCAAGUUUCUGUUAGUAAUUAGUUUUUAAUACCUAUUGAACAGUUUCAAAUAUUUUUAGAAACACUUUAUAAUCAAUUCAAAAGGGCUUAUAAAAAAUUAUCAUGAAAAAAAAUGUCCAUUUUUAUUGAAUAUAGGCUUUAAAUUUUAUUUUAUAAUACCAUAUUUAACUAUGCUAAGAAUAAAUUUAA